CGGAUACUAAUCUCACCAUUACACCUCACUUCACUCGUUCUUCUUCUUCGCUAACAAAUCUCCAGUCGUCUCUACGAUGCUGGCUGCUUCGCCCAACGGCCAUGCACCGCCUCGCAACGGUCCUCACCCACAUGCCUUUCAGGCGGGAGCAGCUUACCGCUCUGCUCCCCCGCCGCCUCCCGAGUUCACCCUGCCUUUACUACCUGCUCAUCUCGAAGGCCGUCCCAAGAUGGAGGGAGAGCAGACUCUUCGCGGAGAUGAUCAAGACGAGGAGAGAGGCGUGAGCGAUGCAGGUAGAUUGCAGAUCGACUCGUCCACUGGCGCGCUAGACGUCGCUCGCUCCCUCGCAGCUGGAGACGAGCCUACCAGGUGGUACUGGACCUUCGAUGGCGACGGCAAGCCCGUACUCACACGGUUCAACCCAAACAGGAUUUCGUCCAACGAUAUACGUACCUCACCUCCUCCACCUGAGGCGAGCACGAGUGAUACUCCCGCAUCCGCACGGCUCCUCAUUCCCCCGCACGGCAAUCGUGGAUUCAAAUUACGAUCACCUUCGUCAUCACUUCAGCCCUCGUCGGCCUCCUCGUCGCGCUACCAGCUCACGUCUGCCAUUCCACCAGAUGAUGAGCUCAUAGUGUCACAAGCGCCAAAGUGGAAUGCAUUCGGGAGACUGGCUCCCUGGACCAGCGGAAUGACGGGACCUCUGACGGGCCAAGGUGAAGAGGAAGUAGGGCCUCAAGCUUGGCUGGGCGGAGAAGACGGAGAGGUGGGAGAGAGAAGACCCAGAAGGGGAGAUCGAGAGACCAACGAUCGUCUGCGACUACGUAUCGCCGCGCUCCAAAGAGCAGGAGUACGAUCCCUCCUCACGUCGCCACCUCCGCGACAACAAGAGUUGCCAGAUGCCGCAGCGCCAUCGCAGCGACGUCGGUCUUCUUCCCCACUCCUGCCUCCUUCAAUAGACGAGCCCCUCUCUUCUCUGCGAACCACAUCGGCUCUAGCUCCCACCCUUCUCCAACCGGUCCUCUCACCACUACAACUCCUCGAGUCGCGCACUCUCAAGCAUACCUUCCGAAACCCUCACAUUGAAGCGCUCGCAAAGACUACACUAGACCUGGCAGAGAGUGAGGGGCAAGUGAGAAAGGCCGUGGGUGGUUUCUGGGCUGCACUAGAGGAAGAAGACGGGCUGCGUGGCGGACGUGAGAAGCUCAAGCGGAAGAGGGACAGGGAGCAUGCCAAGUAUCACGGAACAGAUACCGACGGCGUCGAGUCUGGCGCCUCCCGUCCUGCUCCUCCCCAGCGCAAGCGCUCUCGCAAUCGCCUUAGAUCCAACUACUCGCCCGACAUCGUGGGCGCUGCUGGCUCUUCCAAGGGUCGGUCCAAGGACGAGCUCAACCCCACUUUCGUCAGACUCGAGGAGCUCUUCAUCACGCAUGAGGAUGGUGGAUUGAGGAUCCCACUCACAGCAGAGGAGAGUGAAAUGGACGAGUCGGGAGCAUCGGGCGUGGCUCCUGCUGCCCCUCCUGCUACCAAUGGCUCCACUGGAAUCGAGGGCAAGGCAGGCAACGAAGUGAAGAAGUCUGAGAUCGAAAAUGGUAGUGCUGUUGACCCUGCUGUUGACGACAGUGAUAUUGCCGCCAUUGCUACUACUGGCGAGGUGAAGCCCGCCGAAGCGUCAGCCACAGGAGCUGCUGCAGAGGACGCCGGCGCUGCUGCAACCCCUGUCCCUGCUGCUGGUUCAACUGCUCCUGCUAUCGUCGACUCUGAGCCUCAGGCUGUGCCUGAGCCGCAAGAAGGCGUCGCUACGGUCGGGGAGGUUACCAAGGCUGCCACCAAGUCGGCUUCACCCAAGCCGGAGGUACCUCCGCAAGCAUCAGAAGCGGCACCUGCACCUGCUGUCGCAGCACCGGCCCAAGGCGAAGACACGAGCAUGGACGUGGACGCGGACGCUGCGCCCGCACCAGAGCCUACUGAUGUAGCGCCUGCUACCCAGGAGGAAGAUGGAGCUGACGCCGCUGCGGUCGAGCCUCCGGCAGCUACAACCGAAGUGGCUGCUCCCUCCUCCCCAUCCCCCUCUGCUGCCGCCGCCGCCACCGCUGCUGCUGCCGACCCCGACUCCGCCCCCGUCGCCACCGCCGCAGCAACGCCAAGCAGUAUGCUCCUCCCCCCCUCCUCGCAGCGCGAAAUCAUGCUAGCCGCCCUGUCCUGUCUUAGCGAUCUCGAAGCCGAUUCUCGAGAAUAUGCUACCCGUCUUGAAGAACUAAGAGGUAGAUUGGCAGCAGUGGGACGUAAGAGGGGGGAAGUUUGGAGAGCAUUGAGGAUUUGGGCUGUUAGGAGGGUGGAGAGAGAGUGGGAAGAGAGAGAGGAGAGGGAGAGGGAGAGGGGUGGACUUGGGAGUGGGAGUGGGAGUGGGAUGGGAGAAGAGGGACAGGGAGUGGGGGCGGGGGCGGGACUUGGUGAGAUGUGAGAGGUGAGAGGCGAGAGGUGAGAGGUGAGAUAGAGGAGUGUACAGGGCAAGACAGCGAGACGUAUGCAAGCAAAUAUGGCCAGAACGACAUUUGACUUUCCUUACUCUUACUAAAAAGUCGGAGUGAAGAUUGCAACCCCCUCCACUCUCUCCCUGUGCAGCAAGCAGCAUGGAUAUGACAAAAAGAGAGUCAGUGGGCAUAUUGACGGUGAUGGUGACACUUCCGGUGACAUCCCCGGUCUUUUCUGGGACUUGUCCCAAACCCAACCCAACCCCAACCCCCACCCCGCCC